UUGAUGAGAGUGCCAAGCCGCGGCUGUGAAACUUGGCCUUGAUGGAUACGUCAAUUUCACCUAAUUUUGGUCCGAAAUUGGGAUGUCAAAUAUUUGGGCUACCCCCAACGAGUUGGCGCAUCGAGUGAUGGCAAUUCCAGGGUGCUCAUCACUCUGAUGACCUGGGUUUUCGUUCCUUCACGCGUCGUCGUGUCCUCUUGCACUAAAGUUGUCACUAAAAAAGAGACAGAAAGUAGGAAAAAAUGACAUACCUUUUGGGUUUUAUUCUUUAUUCGUGUCAAUAUCAUGGUUUAAUAUUUUAGGCUGCGUGUUACGCAAUCAAAUUAUCUCCAACCCCAAAGAAUUUGCGCCAAAUAAAUGCUCGCUCGUCACUCCGUCUUUUUCUUCUUGACCACCUUCCUUCAUGUCGUCCGUCCCUCCAGUUCGCUCGACGCCUCCGUCGGUGGAGACUCUCACUCCCCCUAUAACUCCGAAGCUUAAUGGCGACGCUAACUCACUGUCCUCAAAGAAGUUCAUUGAGGAUCCCGAGCACGUCCCUGCGGACGCUAAUAUUCCUGAUAACUACGUGUCGUACACUCUCAAGCACCAAAAAUCUCUUCCUCCAAUCACUUGGGACAACUGGUACACGGAGUUGAACUGGCUGCACGUUGCAAUCCUCGCCGGCACGCCUGUUGUGGGUCUCGUUGGCGCGUACUACACUCGCCUUCAAUGGGAGACUGCUGUUUGGUCAGUGGUAUACUAUUACAUGACUGGUCUCGGCAUUACUGCUGGUUACCACCGGCUAUGGGCACACCGCUCAUACAACGCGUCGAAGCCUCUUCAGUACGUUCUUGCAUUCUUCGGUGCAGGUGCAGUCGAAGGCUCUAUUAAAUGGUGGUCACGAGGACACCGUGCUCACCAUCGUUACACUGAUACCGACCUUGACCCAUACAACGCACACCGCGGUCUCCUAUGGUCACACAUUGGGUGGAUGGUUGUCAAGCCCCGUCGCAAGCCUGGCGUCGCUGAUGUUAGCGACUUGACAAAGAACGAGGUUGUAAGGUGGCAACACAAAUACUACCUAACCCUUGUCGUGGUUAUGGGGUUCCUCUUCCCCACUAUUGUGGCUGGUUUUGGCUGGGGCGACUGGCAGGGUGGCUACAUAUAUGCCGCUCUUCUGCGUCUUUGCUUUGUUCACCAUUCCACGUUCUGUGUUAAUUCGCUCGCUCAUUGGUUGGGUGAAACACCAUUCGAUGACAAACAUAGUCCUCGCGACCACCUCGUCACUGCUCUCGUCACCAUUGGUGAAGGGUACCACAACUUCCACCACCAGUUCCCCAUGGACUACCGCAAUGCCAUCAAGUGGUACCAAUAUGACCCUACAAAGUGGUUUAUUUGGUCGUGCCAGAAGCUUGGGUUCGCAAGCCACCUGAAGUCCUUCCCUGACAACGAGGUCCGCAAAGGUCAGCUUACCAUGCAACUUAAGCGUCUUCGCGAGACCCAGGAGACCCUGUCAUGGCCUUCUGAUAACAGUGACUUGCCCGUCAUUUCCUGGGAGAGCUACCUUGAACAAGCCAAGAGUCGUCCGGUCAUCUGCAUUGCUGGCUUCAUCCACGACGUUUCAGACUUCCUUGAUGACCACCCGGGAGGCCGUCACUUGUUGACGAAGAACAUUGGUCGAGAUGCCACUACAGCAUUCUUUGGAGGUGUUUAUGACCAUAGUAACGCCGCACAUAACCUCCUUGCGAUGAAGCGUGUUGGCGUUCUUCACGGUGGAGCCCCACAUGGCCUUGAAGACAAGACCAUACCCCCAAGCCAGCGUCUCCGCAUUGCACGGUACAAUGAGAUCGGUGGCAGCGGCUACAGCUCCGCAGCCCUCUCUGAUGGCGAGGGUCUCCUCGGAUAAUACCCUUCUCGGCUCUAGAUGCGUGUCCAUUCAGGAUAGAAUUUUCAGACUUUAUUACAUUCCGCACUACCGCAAUUAUUGACUCUGCAUAUAUUGCAACACCGGCUGUGCCUUAAAAAGCAUGUUGACCCUCUCUUCAUACGAUACGCCACGCCCCGCUGUUACGUCUUGUCAUGUUUGCGAUGGUAAUACGAAGGGUAAAUGUACAAUAUACAUACUUUGGUGUUAUGCCUUUGCGGAUGGAACUGGGUUGGUAUCACGCACACCGGGCAUGGUUUUGGGGCUGUAUGCGCAGUGAGGCCUUCUGUGAAGGAAGGUUACCUUGACCCAAAGUACGAUGACCCCGUGAGAAUUAAUAGCUAUUAGCAACAUAACGGCACUGGUGCCGAGCAGAUUCAUUUAUUCCUGACAUGUCUUGUGUCCA